AUGAAAGUUUUGAGUGACAAAAGCAUUGAGCAAUAUCUCAAAAGCUUGAACUAUGAAGGUUUGAAAGAUUUUCAAGUGGUAUUACAUACAGCAUUGUUGGAAUAUAAGGAUGAUGAGUCUAUCAUUCCUCCGAGAAUUGUGACCAAACGCGGCAAAGCUACUCAUAUUUUUAUGCCUCUGGUAGGGUCACAGGUAGGUAUUAAGACUCUAACUGGAACGACCAAUGGAUUCAAAGGAGCUGUAACAAUACUUGACGAUAUCGGAAAUAUUAGAGGAAUCUUAAACGCAACGGUCUUGACUGCAUUUAGAACUGCAUUGUGUUCAACGUUGCCUUUAUCUCGUGUGUUCCAUUCUAGCGGCGAUCGAAACUUGAAAGGUACCAAAAUAUUGGUCUUUGGGGUGGGGUUACAAGCCUACUGGCACAUAAGGUUGACAUUAACAAUGUAUCCUGAUCAAUUUGUCGAGGUUGUUGUUUGCAAUAGAACAUUAUCGAAGGCAGAGACUUUUUGUGAGAAUCUAUCGAAAGAAUUCCCCGAUAUUAAAUUCAAUAGUCUUGCUUUAGAUGAUGAAGUCGCAAUUGAAGCCGCGUGCUUGAAUAUUUCCAUUAUUUAUGGGUGUUUGCCUUCGACUAAUCCGGUGAUCUUGAAGCGUUACGUGGAUAACUGUCAGAAUGGCUCUCUAUACAUUUCAGUCAUAGGAAGCUAUCAGCCCCAGAUGACUGAGGUUGACGGCCUGGUUAUAAAAGAAAUUUUGCAAGGUGGAGGACGCAUUAUCGUGGAUUCGAAAGAACAUGCUUCACACGAAGCCGGAGAGCUCAUCCAAAAUAUGGUUCCGAUUGGAAAAUUAGUUGAAGUGAGUGAAUAUACAUCUAGCGAGGAUAUAUCUGUAUACAAAGGGAGCUCCAAAAUUGUUCUUUGUAAACUUGUUGGCUUAAGUAUUAUGGACGUUGCUAUAGGUUCAAAACUAAUCGAUGACGCUGAGAAAAGGAACGAUGGAAUUUCUGUGGAUAUAUAG